CUUGGUACAUUAAAUGUUAACACGCAUGAUACAGACGACGACAUAAUUUCCAAGAAAUCGCUGCAGGCAGUGAAGCAAAUUAUAAAUUUCCUGAAAGAACAUGCUAGGGAGGAAGGUUUGUUUCGGCGUGCUGGACGCAGUGACCUCAGAAGACGAAUCCUGAAUUCAUUGAAGAAAGGUGAGAGACCACAUCUGGACGACAACAACGUGGCCCUUGAAUGUGCGGCAGCGUUGCAGCUCUUCUUGGGUCACCUAAAAAAACCUGUGAUGCCUCGACACGUCCAGCAGCUUCUUCUGGCUGACAAUCCUGGCGUGACCGCCCACGUGAUCGCGAGGGAUGCCUGGGGUUUAAUACGACAGGACGUCGGUGGUCGUCACGGAGAACUUCUGGCACGACUUCUUGAUCUACUGAGGCACUUGACCCUCUCCGGUCCUCCGUCGGAGAGGACGGAACUACGUGGUUCGCCACUUCCCAUCGCGCUGCUUCCAGUCUUUUUCACUUUAACGCCAGCUGACUUGGUAAAAUGGAAGCAAGUAGCCGCCAGAUUCAGCGAAUUAAUUACCGAAGCCUCUGUGCAACUGCAAUUGAAUGAAAAUCGAUCCCAUGGCGUAGAAUCCAUGGGUGGUUCUAGUGGAAACAGCGUUGGUAGCAUAAGAAACCAAGCCACCGUUACAGUCUGAGGAACAAGAUUAAUUUAAGGACAAUCGUAUGACAAUGAUGAAAGAAAACUACAAUAAACAAUUGGUUUAUUCGUUGCUUCAACCAUUAUUUAUGUUUUCAGGAAUGAACAUUUAUAAAUAAAUGUGCGCGAAACUUUCUAAGAAACGUGGAACUAAAUAAUGCGUUCAAGCUCUUUAAAACCUGUGCAUAUUGUCAUGUAUUAGGUGUAGAAAUUUAUACUUAUAUUAUAUAUUUAAACUUCUAGUCAGUCUUAUUAGUUAUGUAACGGUAAGUCUAUGAUAGAAACAAGUGAAGCAGAAAGUGUCUCGCGAAAUAGAGACACCAAAUAAUUGUCCCCUUCGCGGAAUAGAAAAGCAGGGUCUUUGGAUAUUUGAAUUUUAAUUUGAAAUUUAUUCAGACGCCCAUUUGGAUUUUAGGUCAGGUCAAAUAGUUCAAGAUUUACAAUUCAAAUCGAUAGUGCCAGUAUUAACUGAGAUUAGUUCCAAUGUACGAGAUGUCCUGAAAUGUAACAAGCUAUCUUCUCAGAGAGCAAUGAAGAUACCGUCUUUAGUUUUGCUGUAGUUAAAUGACACAAGAAGAUUAAUGUUUCAGCACCGUAAAACUAUAUUUUAGAUUUUAUAUUAGGAAGAAAAAAGAGGCCUCCUACAUCACAGUAUACUUUUACAAAAUUUACGUAAUCUAUAUUAUUGCAAUCAUUGUGAUAUUAAAAUUAAUCUGGGAAAACUGUAUUCGAGUUUUUAUCAAAAUAACUUUUCGUUAAACUCGGCUUCAAAUCUGGCGCCAUUGGUAAGUUUUAGUGGCGCCAUCGGUGGGAAAACGCCCAAGUUUGUAG